CCCAAAAUGUCCAACACCCUAAGCUCCUCAACUUUGUAACUUCCUUUUCCUCCGCCUCAGUUGCCCCGUCCGACGAGAUUUACACUCUCGGCGGCGAAUUAGGGUUUCUCGGCGUUAGGGUUCGAAGUCUCCCUCUCUCAGCUUCUUUUUGGUCUUAGCUUUGGAUACUGGUGUGCAAAGUCAAAUUGCUCGGGAUUUGUUUGGGUUCAAAAGGAUUUCCUUUGCAAGUUCGCGGGUUCGAAUCUGUUAUGAUUUGAGAGCCGAGAAGAGAUUCUUCAACAUGGAUGCGUUUCGAGAUGCUAUUCUGCAGCAAGGCGCUAUUGAAAGUUUUGCACUAAAGACCAUUCAAGAGUUCAUAAAGCCUCAGAAACAAACAAAGUUGGUCCAAGAUGAAAACCAAAUGCUUGAGAACAUGCUCCGGACGUUGCUUCAAGAGCUAGUGGCUUCUGCUGCACAGUCCGGUGAACAGAUAAUGCAAUAUGGUCAGUCAAUUGAUGACGGAGAUAAUAUACAGGGACAGAUUCCUCAUCUCCUAGAUGUUGUGCUUUAUCUUUGCGAGAAAGAACAUAUAGAAGGUGGAAUGAUAUUCCAGCUGCUAGAAGAUUUGACGGAAAUGUCUACCAUGAAAAAUUGUAAAGAUGUUUUUGGUUAUAUAGAAAGUAAGCAAGACAUAUUGGGCAAGCAAGAGCUUUUUGCACGUGGAAAACUUGUGAUGUUGAGAACAUGCAAUCAACUUCUUCGUCGACUUUCAAAGGCCAAUGAUGUGGUAUUUUGUGGAAGGAUUCUCAUGUUUCUAGCUCACUUUUUUCCAUUAUCUGAACGCUCAGCUGUUAAUAUAAAAGGUGUUUUCAACACAUCUAAUGAAACCAAAUAUGAAAAAGACCCCCCUACUGGCAUUUCUGUGGAUUUCAAUUUCUAUAAGACCUUUUGGAGUUUGCAGGAAGUUUUCUGUAAUCCCGCUUCUCUGACUGGCGCACAAACCAAAUGGCAGAAAUUUACAUCUAGCUUGAUGGUUGUGUUAAACACCUUUGAAGCACAACUGCUAAGUGAAGAAGAGGGGGAGGCUAAUAGUUUGGAGGAAGAGGCAGCAACUUUUAACAUUAAGUACCUCACCAGUAGUAAAUUAAUGGGUUUAGAGUUAAAGGAUUCUAGUUUCCGUCGACAUAUUCUUCUCCAGUGCCUCAUUUUGUUUGAUUAUCUGAGGGCACCAGGAAAGAACGACAAAGAUUUGCCUUCUGAAAGCAUGAAGGAAGAACUCAAGUCAUGUGAGGAUCGUGUAAAGAAAUUGCUUGAGAUCACUCCACCUAAAGGGAAAGAAUUCCUCCGUGCAGUUGAGCAUAUACUGGAACGUGAAAAGAACUGGGUCUGGUGGAAACGUGAUGGAUGCCCGCCAUUUGAAAAGCAACCAAUCGAGAAAAAAUCACUUCAAGCAGGGCAGAAGAAACGGACACAAAGGUGGAGACUGGGCAAUAAAGAACUCUCUCAACUGUGGAGAUGGGCAGACCAGAAUCCGAACGCUUUGACUGACCCUCAACGAGUCCGAACUCCUGCCAUUGCAGAGUACUGGAAACCAUUAGCAGAGGAUAUGGACCCAUCUGCGGGUAUCGAAGCAGAAUAUCAUCACAAAAACAAUCGGGUCUAUUGCUGGAAAGGGCUACGCUUUACGGCUAGACAAGACCUGGAAGGAUUCUCUAGAUUCACUGAUCAUGGAAUAGAAGGGGUUGUACCUGUAGAACUGUUGCCUCCUGAGGUGAGGUCCAAAUACCAAACUAAACCCUCCGAGAAGUCGAAACGUGCAAAGAAAGAUGAAACCAAAGGCACAUCACAACCUCCCGAGGGAAAUCAGAGUGCUGCUUCUGCUAGUGAACCCGAGAAUGAUGGAGCGAGAGCUGACACAGAAACAUUCGCGGAGCAUAUGGAGACUGACGCUGUUGCAGUGACCGGUGAUGUUUCCCAAGCUAACACUCCUACACCAGAGGAACAGCAAAAGCUCGGUUCGGACACAGAUAAUGGUCAAGAGCCUGGACAAAUAGAGGCAGGUGCUGACGUGGAGCCAGGCAUGAUCGAAGGAGAGACCGAUCCAUAGGAUGAUAUCUCGUUCCUUUUAACAUCGUCAUCGGGUCUAAGACAACAUGACAUGACCCGAAUUCUUGUACGGUAGUUUUCCUGCAAAAGAGUCGAAGACAGAAGAUGCAGCAUAAACUGAACCUGCAGAAGCCUUUUAAGCUUGCUUUCCUUCAGUUUCAGUUUCUGCAUUGGAUCCUAUCUUGUUCCAAGCUUAUGUAUGAUUGUGACUUUGCAUACAUUCCAGAACGGAAAAUGUUGUCCGUAGAUAAUUUCAUUUCAUUUCAUAAAAGAUUAGGACAAGGGGUUACUCUC